AAAAAAUAGAAACUACAAACUGUGAAAAGAAUUCUGAUCCUGGCCCGCUGUAAUAGCGACCAGCGUCGGUAAAUUGAGAGAGGAGCAGAGCGUUUUUGUGUGUGUUUAUAUCAACGCCGGAAUUUAAGAGAAGUCGAAUCAUCAAUUCAUAAUAAGCAGCAGUAGAGCAGAAGGGGGCAGAGGAAUGGCGAAAGAAUCAGAGAAGAGAUUUAACGCCGUCAUGGACAAACUCUUCUACGCUCCUAAAACACCUAAAUCUGCCAGUGUUGAUAAUGGUAGGAAAUUAGGAGUUGAAGCUUCGAGGGGCCAAAAGCGACCCAAUAUGGCAGCUGCGUUCUCAAAAGUGGAACUCAAAUCAAGAGGAAGUAUUGCGGAACAGUCACAGAAUUCUUUGGAAUCUGCCGGUGCUUUGCAAGCUCCGUUAUGCAGGCCGUGGGACCGUGGUGAUUUACAAAGGAGGCUAGCUACUUUUAAGUCCAUGACAUGGUUUGCUAAACCUCAGGUAGUAAGUGCAGUCAAUUGUGCUUUGAGGGGUUGGAUCAAUGUAGACAGUGACAUUAUUGCCUGUGAAUCUUGUGGAUCUCGUCUCCUUUUUUCUACUCCGUCAUCUUGGACACAGCACCAAGUUGAGAAAGCAGCAAAUGUAUUUAGCUUAAAGCUUGAUAAUGGUCACAAAAUAUUCUGCCCAUGGGUUGACAAUGCGUGUGACGAAGCACUAGCACAGUUUCCUCCCACAACUUCAACAAUGUUGGUUGAUGAUUACAAGAAACGCUAUGCGGCAUUAUUUCAACUGUCAGCUCUUCCUGUAAUAUCAUUAUCAGCAAUUGAUUUAAUGAAAAGCCCUCAAUUGGAUGACUUCUUAAAAGAAUCUUCCACCAUAAAGUUCAUCAAUAUGUCUGCUGAUGCUUCUUCAUUAGAAUGCCUGGUCAACGAAUCUCAGAAUGUUUCUUCGCCCUACUACCAGGCGCUCAGACUUGUAAGUUUAUGUGGUUGGGAAUUUCGUCUGGUGCCUUACUUUGUUGAUUAUGAGAUUCGAGAAAAUUCUUCUGUUAAAGAUGUCAAUUUGUCAAAGCCAUCUAGUGUUGUUUCUAUUGAAGAAAAUCCAUCUGUAGAAGGUAUAUCUGAGCCAAAUGAAGAUUUAAGCUUUGCAAAUGAUUCUGUGGCAUCUAAUAAACAAUAUGAUCCUAGUUCAGUUGUUCUGGGUUGCCAGCUUUGUGGAGCUAGUGUUGGACUAUGGGCUUUUUCUACAACUCCCCGUCCUGUAGAGUAUGUUAGAUUAGUUGGAGAAGUGAAUGGUGAAAUCGGUGAUGCUUAUCAUAAGAGAGACACUGUUAUUGAUAAUGAUCUUGUAACCAACCAAACUUUGGCCACUGCAAAUGCAAGUGAUAUUUCCAAGACUGGUACUAGAUCUCUAGUUGAAAUACCGUCAAGUCUUAAUCUGACAAUUGCCGGAGGUCCUUCACCAGCAAAGCAGAACUUCGUACCAACAAUUUCUUUACCUGUUAUUGGUCGGAACUUAAGAGCUCGAUUUUCAUCUGAGUUUGAAUCAAGACCUGGUGAUGGACAGAGUAAUGGUACAGACAAUGAGUGUUUGGGUCCUGAGACUAAUGAACAAUGUUAUACACUUCAAAGCGAAAAUGAUGAUGACAUGUUAGUAGAAGCACCAGUUACUGAUGAACAGAUAAUUGUUGAAACUGACAGAUUAGAAUCUAUGAUAAAAAAUCAACCAGACAACAGUCUAACCAUAAAUCAAGCUACAGGUGAACUUUUGAUGCUAGAAGAUGCAGCAGUCAUAAAGAGCAGUUCAUGUGAAGAAGUUCUCCGUCCCUCUGAACUUAGGGACUCUGGCGUAUCAACCUCAGGUGGAAACAUUUCCUCUGCCGAUGUUGAAACUAGCAUGAGUGACUCAUUAAUGAUGGUAGCUUGUGCUCAAAGGGCUCCCAGUAGUGAGAUGGUCUGCAGCAAACAUGGUUAUAGCCAGGAAGGUCAUGGGAACAAGGCCACAAUGCAAGAAGUAAACAGUAUGACAAACAAAGGUUUGGAUAUGAAGCAAUCACCAUUGCCUAAAAAAAUGGAAUUCGACCCAAUCAGGCAGCACAGACAUUUUUGUCCCUGGAUCACUUCAACUGGCAGUUCUCUACCUGGAUGGAAACAAACACUAUGUGCUUUGCAACGUCAAAAGGAGUUUUCUUCUCCUUCAUCAGCUCGUUCUCUAUCAUCUUCGUUGAUUGAGGUGGAUGAUCCUGUUGCAUCCAUAAAGAAGCUUUUCAUGUCACCAUCAUCUAAAAGAGCGAAACUUGCUGAUAAUUGACAGCUAAGUAGCAUAUUGACCAGCAUAUCUCACAUAUGAUGUGAAGUUGUAUCAAGCCAUGGCAUUAGUUUUUCAAGGAGGCAUAGAAUGAUGUGACUGUUGUUGAGGUGUUUCUAUGCUUUUGGUAAUUUGUUCUGGUGUUGUGGAAAUUCUGUUUUGACCUAUUAUAGAAGAAACUGGUCAGUUAUCAUACUUGUGGAUAUAAUUACAAAAAAUUUCAAGUAUCCAGACUAGUGAAACAUUACAAGAAUAUUUGCAUUUAAAUCUGAUAUGAAUUUGUUUGUGUU